GAAUCAGAAUCGCCCAUAAAGAUCUCGACGAUUCAAAGCCGACCGCUCUGCCUGUCCCCCACUGCAAUCAUCGGGAUCUCUGUCGCCUCUGUCGCCGCCGGCCUCGUCCCGCAAAUCAUCACUCGGCACACGCAACCGCAUCGUCCUCCGUCAGGAUCGAACGGGCUCUCCGAUUUUGGCUCCUUUCUUUGAAGGCGCGGCGCCGCGAAGAUGUCGGCGGUGGAGGCGUCGCCGAACCUCCGCGACUUCCUCAGCGUCAAGGACGACGACGUCGGAGGAGGAGGAGGCGCCGCCGCCGCCGCCGGCAGACGGCGCGGCGGGGAUCUGGCCGCCGCCCUGGCGACGCGCGCCGCCCUCCGCGCCGAGAAGCUGCGGUCGCCGCCGCCGCCGGCCUCGCCGGCCGGCUCGCCUCGCUCGAGCCGGACCCUGCUGGACAUCAUCCGCAACGACGAGCUGAACGCGGCUGGCCGCAGCAACAGCGUCAUCAGCAAGGACCGGAAGAGCUGGAAGGCUCUCAAGGGCAAGCUCCGGCUACGGCGCGCCGGCGCGGCCUGGCCGUCGACUGUCCCUGUACCGGUCCCGGGUUCGGAUGUCGUCGUCGGUAAUUGUAGGUCGCCGUCGCGGAUUCCAAGGCACGAUGCGACUCGGUUCGACGGGGCGGUCUCCGAUGAGCCGACUCAGGAAGCAUCUCGGUUGGAGAGUCUGAGAGCGGAGAACUCAAUCCCGACGGAUGCACAGCCGACCACAGCUCGCAGGAGCUCGACUAGCUUCGGAUCUCUCGUGCCAAUUUCGACUGAGCCAACUCGCUUCGGAUCUCUCGUGCCAAUUUCGACCGAGCCCACUCGGUCGGACGAGUCGUCGCCGGGCAAUUCGCCUGCACGGAGUCUCCGGCUGCAAAUCUCCCGCCACAAUUCGGCGAGGUUGACCCCGCUGCGAACAGACUCAGCACUGUCUUUGACUCGGUCCGAGAGCGCGCCAACGAGUGGAGAUCACAAUGACAGCCAGAUCAGCCCAGCUCCUCUACCAUUCACGGAGGAGCCGGCCCGCGAGCAGACCCGCCGCCUGUCUGUGGCCCUGGCAGAGGAGAGGCAAUUGUCAGCCAGGGAAGCGGCAGCGGCUCAGGUGGCUGCAGAAGCUGAGGCCACAUUGAGGACAGCCGAGGCGGAGGCGCAGCCGGCGAGGAUGUCGCUGAUGGAUCUAUUGGAGGAGACGGAUAGGCAAAUUGGGUUGGCGGGGACGCAGUACGCCGGGGGAGACGGCCAGGAGGAGGAGGAGGUGGAGGAAGGGAGCGGCCGCGGCCGCGGCGGCGAGCAGAGCUACUGCUGCGUGUGCAUGGUGAGGCACAAAGGAGCGGCGUUCAUACCAUGCGGGCACACGUUCUGCAGGCUGUGUUCAAGAGAGCUUUGGGUGAGCAGGGGCAACUGCCCUCUCUGCAACAACUUCAUCGUGGAGAUUCUUGAUAUCUUCUGAUUCCGAGUUCCCACCCGCCCAAAGAGAAGAUUCUUUCACGUUUCACUCCAUAGUAAGCAAGCCCGGUGGCUUCUCGCUUCUUUCGUUUCUUGAAUUUGUUCUGGGAUGUUUUAGUUCAGCAUUGGGACUGAAGUGAUGGGAAGUCAAGACGAUUCAUCUGUAAAAAUGUGUUCUUUUCUUAUGUCAUUCAUAUGAAACUCCGAUUGGAGUGGAGAUCAUUGGCAUUCUUAUGAGCUGAGAAACGAGAUUUUAGAC